ACCACAUAGAAUGUCCAGACAAGCAGCACUUGCAAGACUAAACAUCCCAUCGUCGGACAACCCACGACUCCCAACGCCCCAAGACCUUGACUUUCUUAUAAAUGAUUUGAGAUUCCCCCCACCAACAGCAACGGUGAAUAAGGUCUUGGGUUACAUGUAUCAUUAUCUCCCGUAUGUCAAACAUGAACAGAACCUUCGACUUGUAUUUGCCAGUUUCUUAAACAGCUCAGUUUGUUUUGGCCCCAGCAACCAUGGAGCCACAUUUGCGGAACUUUACCUAAUCAUUGAAGUGUUUAAACUUGUCACCGACAAGAAAUUAAGUAUUUCCCAACCUUCAUUAUCAGUGAAAAUUUGGUAUAAUGUUAUCUGGAAAGAAUUGACCAAUUUUGUUCAAUUUAAUCCUUUACAGAAUUCUUGGAAAAUCUUACCAAUAAUCGCUGGAAUGCGUUUAUCUAACCCACUUCGUUAUGAACUUUAUGUCAAGGGUAACCCAAUUCAAUACCGUCCAUUCUUUGUCAAUUGGGACUACCAAACGACUCAAUUGUUUAAAGAAUCCUUGACAUACUCUAUAUCUCCCUCUCUUCCAGACAACGUGGUGAAUUUGAGUUUAUUAUCAUUGGCAAUCUUUCAUGAUCCUAAUCAAAAUAUUUUAAAUUUUACUCAAAAGAUUUCAAUCCCAUUUGUUGUGGAAAGAUUAAUUGAUAUGAUUGUUAGUCCUGUAGACAAGGACAGUGUUAAAAGUGCCAUUACUCAUUACUUCAUUCCCACAGGAGAUAACAAUAAUAAUAAUACCACCACCCCUUCACCCAAUGUUAAACAUCUCAAUAAAAUUGCCAUUCUAUUGGAAAGUUAUUUGAAACAAAUUCCUGGUGAAAAAUCUCCAGAACUUUUAAUUUCGGCCGUAUUGGGGAAACUUUUAACUUUCAAUAGAGACUUGAAUCAUUUUUCACAACAUUCUAAAUUUAAUCAGGAUUCAAAUUCUAAAGAUUUGGAUUCAUUACCACCAUUAUUCCAAGAAUAUUGGCAUUCAAUGAAAUCUAUCUUAUUUGCUGAGAUAUUAAUUUUUCAAGGAAUUCUAACCGCAUAUGUAACCAGUGGCACAACCAGUAGUAGAUCCCCAAUUUAUCAAGAGAUUUGUUUAAAGAUACUUCACAAUUUAUAUUAUAUUCAUUUCAUUUUAUUAUCAAUUGGUCAAGGUGGCUUUGAUAGUUAUAACUUUGAUUAUUAUGUCGCUCUUGAAGUUGUUCUUAACCAUAGCCGCACCACGGGAGCUUUUGAAACAUUAACGUCCCAUCUCAUAGGUGACUAUCAAGAGGUUAAUUUGUACGUUGUUCAUGAAGAUUAUAUUGUGAAAUCUAAAGUAUUAUUUGUAUUGGGGAUGUGGGAGAAUUAUCUUAAAGAUCCAAAUCAAAUUUUUGUUAGAAGAACCAUAUCACCUAUAUGUUUCAAUUUGGCAAGUGGUGAAAAUGGACGUGGACUCCCUCUAUCAUCAGAUUUGAUAGAAGCAGCUCAUUCCGUGUUACUUGCCAUCUUUGCAUUCAAUAAAAACACCCCAAGAGAAACUCUUGAAUAUUUGGAUUUACUUCUUAGACAAUUCCCCAAUGUAUUAUCAGCCAAUCAAUUGAGUAUAGCCAUUGAAACCUUGGGUAAACAAACAUUAUCACAUCCUAUACAAUAUCAUAAUUUAACAGAAGAAGAACAAUUGGAACUUCUGGAUUUAUAUACCAAUUCUGCACAAGAAUUAUUGGAAUUCUUGUACAUUAGAUGUUCUGCUAUUGGCACCGGGAUCCCCAUUAAUAGAACUGGGAAUGCAUUGGGUACGGCGCAACCAAUCGCUGAAUAUGGCGCCAAUUCAACCAUGAGUCAUAUAGAUGAAGAUGGGAUGGGUAUUGACAUCAUUGAUGCUAAUAAGAGAAAGAAACCAAAAGAUUAUGUUCCAAAAGUGGCAAGACUUUCUAAAGAACCAUCAGAAUAUGAAGUUCAAGUAAGAUUAGUACCAGAAACUGCUAGAGAAGCAUUAAUUUUUUCAUUUAUUAAUUUGGUUCCAUAUCUCCCACUUCUGAUGUUUAUUCCAUGGUUAGAUCGGAUUAUGGUUGUGAUUGAUGCUAGUAAUGUUUCUGAAAGAGAGUAUCUUUUAAGAAUGUUAUGGAGGGUUUUAAGUGAGAAUUUGGAUUUAAAUAGAUGCGAAUUGGGUUAUAAAUGGUGGUACGAAACGAGAGGAAUGGCCAAGUUGUAAGAAGUGGGGAAAUUCCGCAAAUAUUAUUUCAUUUCUAUAAAUAUAUAUAGAAAGAUUAUUUAUAUUAGCU